AUGUCAGAUAUACGUUACAAUGCUAACUCAACGAUAGUUCAACGAUAUCAACGAUUUAAUACAAAUAAAAUGAAACUGCGAAAGGCACAACGCAUAUCGAAUCCAACCUCAGAUGGACAAUGGAAUAAUGCUAAUAAUAUAUCCAUUGGUGAUGCUCAUUCAAACACUGAACUAAUCGAUACUUCAAAUAAUCUCAAUGCUAUUAACAGAUUUUCAAUUACAGACUGUAUACACACAGAUUUCGAGCAAGGAAUUAAAAUAACUGCAGAUGAGAACAAACAUAAUUGUACAGUUUCACAUUUUAACAAGGUUACUGAACAGAAUAGACACUAUGAUAUCUUAGAUGAACCUUUCCAAUGUAAAUAUCCUAAGGAUUCUACAGAAUACAUCCGAGAGUUAUGUCUGUCUCUCUAUCCAUCUGAGGUAAAAUACAGUAUCCUCAAGAUAAACCCAGGACCACAACUUCACAUGCAUGCAAUAUUUGCUUUAUUCUUUAAUAAUUAUGUCCAAUCUUGGUAUGGAACAAAAAUUGCAGUCUCAAAUGAUGAAUUCAUGAUCAAAUUGUUUGAAAUAUCAAAUAAAACAAUCACUUACGUUACCAAUGGAAUGGCAAAGACAAAUAUCCUAUUGCUGGACGACAUUUCUUAUAUUAUUUCUCAACAUUUCAAGACUAUUAAAGACAUUUAUAAAUACGAUACCCUAGAUCUUGGAGCUAAAAGUAAUUAUGAAAGAUAUUGCUUAUACCAAGACGAUUAUGUAAGGGAUUUCCCAAUAUUACUGACUGCAUACAUUCAAGAUAGCCUUGGUGGCACUUCUGAGCUGCAAAAUUCAUUUGUAGAUGCUUUAGUCGAUGGAAUUUUAUUGACUUGUGUUGCAGACAACAUAUGUGAACCUUACUACAUAUUAAAAGGUAUAACAAAAGCUUGUGAUGCAUUACUACAAAAGAACCAAACUGAGAAGAAGAAGGAUCUAUCGGCAAAUGUGUUAGAGAAAGCUUCAUUUUACUACUCUAAAUACAAAAUAAUAAGAGAUAAGCUAAGGAAGAUGAAACUGAAUUUUGAUCUAAACCAAAUAAACAAAAAAAUGGCGACCAAUAGGAAAGAAAAAAGUAUAUUUGAGUACUAUUUACCUACUUUUAUUCUAUUUGAUAUAUUUCAUUUGAACACAAAAUAUCCGUUUAUCUAUGCCUUCAUUAGAGUCGCUAGCCACAUAGUGAGAUCUAUUCCGUUUUUGAACUAUUUACUGAAUGCACUCACAUUUACAUACAUUUAUGAAAAGUUCUCAAAGCAUGAUAUACCUAAAAAUUCUCUAAUCAUGCUACGAACUCUAUUAUUUCCAAACGACAACUUGAUGGGCCAUUCGUCUCCCAUUCCAACUGGUGCAGAAUAUGAGAAAUACAUGGAAGCUUGCGUUGAAAAGUUAUGGAAAGUAAUACAAUUGCAUAAUCUAGAUAUGUACUUGUCAAUAAACCAAAUUGAUGUGACAAACUUUGUUCAUAUACUUGUCUUCGAUAAACAAUCGAAUAAAAUAUUAGCAUUUAAAAUUGUAACUACCGUGUUAGCACAUUUAGAAGAGAGUAAUAAUUAA